UGACAAUCAACUAAACAUUUAUUUAAUUAUAAUAUGUUGGCGCCCAACAUGGGACCGUAAAAUAUAUGAAAAAAUUUACAUUGUUCCAUUUUUAAAGAAUAAUAUUAAAACAGCCUAUAAUUUAAACAUGUACUUUUAUCAAUCAAGCCUAAUUAAAAGCGGAAAAACUUUGUUGGCGUUACUUGUUUUGGAUUGGUUGUUUGCAGGCUCGACGGAUGCUACAGCACGUAAAUCUGAACCGGGCUUCAGUGGGCCAAUUGCCAACGUCACGGCUCCACUCGGACGGGAGGCCAUUCUUGGAUGCACCGUACACAAUCUAUCAACAUACAAGGUUGCGUGGUUGCGUGUGGACACUCAAACCAUUCUAACAAUACACACACAUGUAAUAUCGAGGAGUCGUAGAGUUGGUGUUACUCACAGUGACCAUAGGGUUUGGUUUUUGCACAUAAGAGAACUGAGAGAGACGGAUAGAGGGUGGUAUAUGUGUCAGAUUAACACAGAUCCAAUGAAGAGUCAACUUGGAUACUUGGAUGUGGUCGUACCUCCUGAUAUCCUCGAUCGAGGAACGAGUACUGAUGAGACGGUACGUGAAGGAGAAUCCGUCAGUCUUACAUGUGCUGCUGUGGGGUCUCCUCCGCCACAGAUAGCUUGGCGUAGGGAACACUCCAAGCCUAUAACUGUGUCAGACGGGAUACAAGUGACAUCGUUGGAGGGUCCGGUUUUAAAUAUAAGUCGAGUGAAUAGGCAGCAUGCAGGCGCAUAUUUGUGUAUUGCUUCAAAUGGAGUGCCGCCAACAGUAAGCAAGAGAAUAAUACUCACAGUUCAGUUUCCACCUGUGAUUACUAUAAGAAACCAAUUGGUUGGUGCCGCGCUGGGAACAGAUUUAGUUUUAGAAUGUGAAACAGAAGCAUAUCCGAAACCAGUGAGUUAUUGGAGUAGAGAAAACGGGGAAAUCGUUCCUGUUGGAGGUGGUUUAGAGCCACAAAAGAUAGACGGAUCAUACCGUUCAGUGUUGCGUUUGGCAAUCAGAAGGAUCACUACUUCGGAUUACGGCGCAUACAAAUGUGUCUCUAAAAAUUCGUUGGGAGACACGGAGGGUACCAUUAAAUUAUAUCCAAUGCCUUCUCCGGCUGUGGAAAAUAAAAACGUUGUACAGAGGAUGAACAUAAUGGCUGACAAAUCAUCUGAAAGCACUCCAUUUGGUACGCAGGAUUUCAGGCUACAAGAUUACAAUGGAGCCGUUACGAGGGAUCAGCUCUGUUACGGUUUUUUAUUCUCAUUAGUCAUAUUAAUCAAGAUAACAACAUCAUCAAUUUAGGGCUGUUCUCUUUGAAUAACUUAUAAAGUAAAUUAAUUUUACCUUCCCGUACAACCGCCUAGAUGAAAAUAUUGCUUUGAUGUUCAUCUCUCUGAAACAAAUGAUAAAUGCCGCUUUUCAGUUGUUUAUUGUGUUAUAACUUUCCAAUCAACGUCAGUACUAAGCAAUUUCCAAAUUAUUAAUUAUAUAGUAAUGAUUGUAGGAAGCGUUGGAAUAUUUGAGUCACAUAUCGUGACAGAUUAAAUAAUAUAUUUUACCGAUAACAAUGUCGUUCCUAUAAACCAUGGCCAAAUAUCGAGUUCCUUUCUACUUCUUACAUAAUACUAUUUGAUUACUAAAAUAUUACUCAUAGAAUAAAAUUAAAAUAAUUUAUUCAUUCAUAUUUAAACGAAUUGUUUUCAGUUGAACAUAGAAAAUAGACUUAAAAUAAACUAUAAUGUAAUAAACAAUAGAAUUAGUGAGAAAUUAAAAUUGUCACAUAAUUUUGAAUAACAAACGCUUUGAACUGUACGUAUAUUGAUAUUACAAAAGGAAUUUUGAAUAUUGGACUUCAUUUAUUUUGAUGUCAGAUGUUAAGUAAUCACUGCUAAACUUAUCCAAUUAUUUAUAAACAUAUGUUUUACUACCAUUCAAUAUAAUGUGAUUGACACAUUAUUUAAAUUAUUAUUAAUAGCAUUUCUUUUUCGUCUUGUACACAUUAGCUUACCACCGUCGUUCCUACUUGAAGGUAUUGUCUAAGUUUCAGAGCCCUUUCUCUUAUUCUGUUGUUUGAAAUUUGCCUCAAUGUGGUUAUGAUACAGUUAACAAUUAUACGCAAAAAUUAAUUAUCUUACAUCAAUUAUUUAUACAAGGAAAGUCAAAAUCAAGUAUAUGUAUGUAACAAAAAAGGAAUGUUAGAUAUUCAAAGUCUGUUUUUGUUUCGAAUUUUCUUAAUGUGAGAGUUAUUCGUAUAUAGGUAGUCCAACGCUUCCAAAUUAUAUAUAUUAUGUAAGUGUACGUUUAAACAAAAUAUUGAACAUUUAAAAUUUGACCAAAAAUACAAAAUUAAACAAGAUUUGUUAAUUUUGACAUUGUGGUAUCAGUUUUGUAGGUGAAAGUACUUUCAAAGUUAGAUCUCAGAAGUUUUGCUUGCUUACCUUUAUGCGUCUGCGUACCCAGUUGAUAAAUAUUAAUAAGAACAGAAAGUUAUGUUGUGGUUGACAGAUAAUGAAUUAAUUAGAGUAGCUUAUGGUAGAUUUAUAUCCGUAUGUAAAUACAUUCUUUUUUAGGCUAUUUCUUUUAGGUACCGUAUAGUUUUACAAUCGACUGAAAUUGGAAAAAUUUAGAAAUACCAAAUACUUAGUUUAAUUUCUAAUGUACUAGAACACUAGUAAUAAAUAUACCACAUUUUAUAUAAUAUUUCAAAUGUUUAUAAAUACUUAUUUUGUAGAUUUUAUUUUAUUGAAACAUGUGUUAAUACAACAAUAUGUCUUUAUAUAACAAUUUACAGAUAUCUGAAAUCGCAUAUAUGUAUAUUAUUACAAGGACAAUUAGGUACAUGUAUUCAGUAACACAUAUUAUUAGGGAUUACAUGAUAGAGUACUAAUUAAUAAUUUAUAAAAAAAUUGAUUAGAGUAGUUAAUAAAAAUCUAUAUACAUUACAAAUUAAGAAAGGAAUUAAAAAAAUUAUAGGUUUGUACUGAGAUUAGGCAAUUAUUAGCAAAAAUAUACAAUUAAUUUCGAGUAUAAAAACAAUAUUUAUGUAAUAUAAUUUAUAACCCAAAUUGGAGGUUUGUAAUUUUACCUAAAGCGACAUAUCUACUUU